AUGCCACCACAAACGCGCUCAACUUAUCGCCAUAGCACUCCUGAUCGUGGAUUAAACACAGGAGAUUACGAUACUGUCAAAAAAACGCGAUUUUUCGAGGCUUGGGAUGCAAGGCAACCAGGACAAAGCCUGCGGAGUAUUACGCAGGCACACAGGAUCGAUAAAAAGACCGGUAGUAAUUGGCUACAACAACGCCUCGAGAUUGGUAGUCCUGCCUAUCGAAGGACUCGUCCGCAGUCACAGAUUCUAGGCAGGCCAUCGAAGAUAGAAAAAAGGCAGAUCCAAACGCUCCUCUCGCCGUCAAAGAACCCCUACCGAAACGAUCCCUACGAGGCACAAAUCGCCUACUUUGACCUCCGCGUUUCAGCCCGCCAACUAAGAAGACGACUUACUCAGUUAACUAAGAACGCUCAGCUUUAUAAGGCAGUCUACUACAAGGACGAACUCAGUAAAGAAACUGAGAAAACACGCGUCGAAUACGGUAAAAGACACGCAGGAAAGACCGUUGAAAACUUCUGGCAAUGGGUCUAUUUCACAGACGAAUUCCACUUUGAUCCUACCUCGCAACGAGCGCCUCGAGUCCUUCGCGAGACAGGAGCACGCUAUAAUCAAGAGAAUAUCGUUCCGCGAGCGCCUAAGAAAGGAAUAGUCCUUCACGCCGCAGGCUGGGUCAAUUGGCACGCGAAAUGUCCAGAGUUACUCUUCUGGCAUGACAGAACGCGGAAGGCCUAG